AUGCAACGCAUAGGGUUUGUGACGAGAGAAUCAUUUCAUGAUCAACCUGCCCCAACCACGUUGCCCACCCAACCCGACCCACCCUUUCCUCACAGAUUACGCGAGGAGCCAGCAGCGUAUGGGCGGCUGGGGCUGGCAACCCUGCUGGAGAUGCGCGAGGAGUGUUUGAGGGAGUUCCAUUUCUUUGAUGCGUACCGUGCUGUCAAGCAGCGGGAGAAUGACGUGUCGCUGUCAGUGCUGCCGGACCUUCUAGCCGAGCUCGACAGCAUUCCUCCUGAAGAGCGGCUGCUGACGGUUAUGGGGGGCGUGCUGGCCGCCAACAUAUUUGACUGGGGGUCGCGGGAGUGUGUGAAGCUGUACCGCAGCGGCACCAUUCUGGAGAUCUACCGUAUGAGCCGUGACAAGAUGAAGCGUCCCUGGCGGGUGGACGACUUUGACGCCUUCCACCAGCGCUGGCAGCACCGUCCGUACGGCAAGGCGUUGCUGUUUGUGGACAAUGCUGGGGCGGACGUAGUGCUGGGGAUGCUGCCUCUUGCACGGGAGAUGCUCCGAGCCGGGACUAAUGUGGUGCUGGUGGCCAACUCGCUGCCAGCAAUCAACGACGUGACAGCAGACGAGCUCACGGCAGUGGUGGCUGAGGCUGCGCAGCACUGUCCUGUGUUGCGAGCAGCAGCAGAGGCAGGCGGGGUCAUGGCAGAGGAUGCUUCUAGGUCGACUCAAGACUUGCAACUGAGAGGGAACGAGCAUCAAGGGGAGGGGAGGCAAGCAGCGGGCCAGGCAGACCCUCCACUGGUGGUGCUGGAAGGCAUGGGUCGCAGUCUGCACACCAACUACGACACGCGCUUCACCUGUGACUCACUCAAGUUCCCGUUACUGACAUUUCUUCCCCCUUCCCCCUGCCUCAUUCCUCCACUUUCAACCCUCCUGCCAACCAAUCUCUGCCAGCUGGCAAUGAUAAAGAACGAGCGGCUCGCAAAGAGGCUGGUGGGCGGCAGCAUGUACGACUGUGUUUGCCGGUUUCAGCCGGGAACAAAGUCCGAGAGGGAUGGGGAGUCCGAGAGGGAUGGGAUGAGAUGA